AUAAAAGUACAAGUCAGUUCGUUAUUAAGAUUGCAGCUAUAGUAAAAAUUAACAUUCAAUUAAUUAAACCAUUUUAUUUAUGUUUAAAAUCAUGAAAUAUCCUAAAAUCGCUUGGCUCCGCAAGAUAACGGUGGAAGUGCCCUUAUUUUUAACCUAUACCAGCUUCUUAUUGUUAGGGUCAAUUCUGAACAACUUCACAAUUUAUAGAACUUGCUACAAUCUCUUAAAGUAUGAUGAAGCUGAUUGUGCUUUGCUUGGAAGGGUAAGCAAUAAUCUUACAAGAGAGUUGGAAAAGAAUGUACAACCACUUGCUAAUAUAGUUACCAUGGUAUUGGAAAUGCCAACCGCAACAGUACCAGUUAUAAUAUGCAUCUUCGCUGGACCUUGGUCUGAUAAACAUGGAAGGAUACCCGUGCAGCUAAUGAGCUUAAUAGGUUUUACUGUCUCUAUGUCCAUUUUUGGAAUCAUGGCCGCUUUUAGAAACUUAUCACCGUGGUACUUUGUGCUUGCGGCAAUACCUUCGAUGUUGACAGGUGGUGCACCAACCUAUUUUGCUGUCAUUUUAGCGUAUAUCAACGAUAUUUCAACAGAUCAUACUAGAGCUUUAAGAAUGGCCAUCUUUGAAGCAGUUUUAUUGGUUGCUCUUCUGCUAGGAUCUCUUUCUAGUGGUCCCAUUCUUUAUUCCACAAACUAUGAAACUGUAUUUUUCCUAGCUGCUGGAUUACUUGCCUUGGCAUCGCUGUAUACGAUGUUUCUUUUACCAGAGACAGCUAAAAUUAAGGAAGGUGAGGAAGGUACUUUGAAAGAACUUAUCCGCUGUUCCUACUUUAUCGACAUGUUCAAAGCUGUAUUUAAGAAACGAGAACACCAUGACAGGUGUAUUGUGGUGAGCAUUGUGGUAACUAUAACGAUCAUGAACUUUAUUACGAAUGGAGAGAACGUGAUCAAAUUUCCAUUUUUGCGGGAGAAGCUAGGUUGGACUCUAAAUAAAAACAACUACUUUAAUGCAGCCUCCCAUGUUAUUACCAUCGUGGGAACCGUUGGGGCUACACUAGUAUUGCACAGAAAACUACACAUGAAGGAAACUGUGGUAAGCUUGAUGGGGAUAUUGGGAUUCGUUUUAAAUUCAUUUUUGAGAGGAGCGGCUACAAGUGACGCAUACAUUUAUGUGGGAGCCGUUGUAUCAAUUUUCGCGGGAGCUGCUAUGCCUUUGCUGAGGACCCGAAUAGCGCAAAUCGUUCCUGCAGAAGAAAUGGGCAAAAUUUUUGCUUUAAUUGUUGGUCUGGGAGGUGUUGCUGGGCUCUCGGCGGCAUAUAUGUAUACCACUUUCUACAAUGCUACAAUAAACAUCCAUUCCGGUGCAUUUAACUACUUUUCUGCAAUACUGUACCUAUUUGCAAUUUUCUUAGUGGGGAUAAUUAUAUGUUUUGAGUUGUGCUCCCCUAAGAAGAAGCAUAACCUGGCUUUACCAGAAAGUAUGUCGAAGGACAAACAAGAGUCGAAUGGAGUGUAUAUUGUGCCAACAUAAUAGGAUUAGGUAAAUGAAGACUUUACAGUGUUGGAAAAUGUGAUACUGAAAAUACUUUCUUUCUUGUGGCAUAUCUAAUUUAACCAUUACUUUAUAGGAGAAUAAGUCAGAUUUUACAUUUUAAACUACAUAAUGUUUGACGUUUAGAUUUCCACUUCGGAAAUCGUUCUCAAAAAAUAUUGUUUUAAAAAAUUCUAUGUAACCAACCAAUUUGCGUGUUAUUAGAUUAUAUCUUUUAAAAAUUGAUCUUGUAGGCAACAGCAUAAAUAAAUCUAAUUAAGUCGA